GGAUAAUGUUUCUUAGUUGUAAUGAAAAUAUCGUUUACAGCCGUUUAUAACAAAAAAAAAUGGAUGAAUGAGAUCCAAAAUCGAAUCAGAAGAUUUUAUUACACUUUGACAACUAUACACGCGUUUUGUUUCCUCUCUAUUUGGUACUUGGGUCUGGUGUGAACACCAACACUGCGAAACAUUUCUAUUUACAACACAACAUACGGAUGGAAACGUCAACGGGAGAAAAAAGCAAAAAAAAGCUGGUUUGGAAAAGUUUAGAAAAUUUGUAACCAAAACGGCGCCCUAGGCCCCGACGAUUGAAGUUCUUCGUUGUCGCUACCGGAAGCAUCAAUGAGCGCAGAAACUCCCACCGGAGCUGGCCGAGCCAUCACAGAAACAAUUCUGCAGGAUGAGUCGAUUCCCGGCACGAGCAGCAGUAACCACCAGGAACCACCAGUAUUACGGUUACGGUUGCAAAAGCCUCGCAAUGGCAAGAAAGUACAAUGGACUAAUGGAACCGUAGAUAAUGAGCAUAUGAAUAAGAAAAAGUCCAAAUGCUGUUGUAUCUAUGUUAAACCACGCGCUUUCGGCGAAAGCUCUUCCGAAAGUGAGGAUGAGUGUGAACAUUGCUUUGGUCAUGUUGAGCUGAAGAAAAAGAACCAGAAAGUACCACUGAUGCCUGGGGAAGGGGACAAUGGCGACAAUGGCGACGACGAUGGAGAUGCAAACCAUUCGGAUGAUAUUGCUGGAUCUUCCAGGGGACCGGCGGCAAACAGCAGAUCAAGCCAACCUUCAACGGUAUCAAGUGGAGAAUAGUUUCCUAAACAAAAGGCAAUUUGCACCAUGUUUAUGAAGCUAUUUUCGUGCAUUAAUACACCAAACUGCAUCAAUGAACGCACUCACAAAUCGCUUCGGCAAUAUUUUAAUGCUGACAAAUCUGCAAUAAUUUAUCAUUUCGAACCAAAUGUGUACAUAAAUCUAUCGUUAAUAAACUGAACA